AUGGUGACAAAGUUCACGAAGGAGAAGGACAAGGAUCGAGAAAAAACGAGCCCGAGCGGCAGCUCGGACAGUUCUGAAAGUGGGAAGACUGAGAAGCCCGAGGCUGCGAGGCGAGACAAAGACAAGUCUAGCGACGUGGAGGAGGUGCCGUCGGCAAAGGAAAGCAAGCGCCGGGAGCGGCAGGAGCGCCGUGACCGCAAGGAGCGCUGCGAGCGCGAGGAGCGCCGUGCUCGCAGCGAGCCUCGGAAGGAGCGCCGCGAACGGGAGGAGCGACGUGAUCGCAGCCGGUCACAUCGCAAGCAGCGCCGUGGGCGCUCGCCGGAGCUUCGUGCGGAGCCUGCGGACAACCGCAAGCCGGCGCAUCCAAAGGGGGCGCCGAAGGAUCGUGGCGGCAGCAAGGAGGGCAGCAAAAGCAAAGAGCGGUGCCCUAUCUGCUGGCAGCCGGUGAGUGUUCACCAGUCCGGUAAGGACCAGCACAUGUGGAGUAACUUGGUAUGCCUCACGUGGCAGAUGCACGCAGCCCAGAAGCCACACCAGAAGGACUGGUCCUUGGCUAAACGCCAGGCCCAGGAGCUCAAAGAGCACCGCAUGAAGAAGACUGCAGAGCCGGGGGCCGUUUUGGUGUCCCAGGCGACGCGACAGGCAGCUCAGAAAGCUCAGGACAGUGCAGCUGCCUUCCUUCGCGGAAAAAGCAUGGCCUCCCGAGAGGAGCGCACGCGGAGCGGCUCCUGCAGCCCGGCCAAGCGCCCGACAAGGAAGUUUCGACAUGCCUAUCGUCACUACAAGACGAAGCACCAACGUGCACGAAGCUUGAAGCGGCCCAGGGAAGAAGUGGUGAGGCACCUCGGCUUUGCUGCGACAACUGGAGUGAAGUCCGAAGCGACUUGCAGUCUUGACUCCACCUAA